GAUGGAUAAAAUAAUGAACUCUUUUUAGGGUUUAAGUAGAAGGGUAAAAAAAAGUCAUUUUCCACUUUCAAGUUAAUGGUGUUACGAAUUAAGGGUACAGUGAAUAUUAUUUUUAUUUUUGGGGGUCAUCCUAAAUUAUGAAGAUUUUUAGGUGUGGUAUCAGAAAUUUUCCCAAUCAAUUUUCCUCUUUUGAAGAUUAACAUUAGAAACAGUAUGGAAAAAUUUAGUGCUUCUAUCUCCAUCACAGAUGUAAUCGUGUCGUGAUUUUUUAAGCCAAAAAUUUUCUUUUGUUACGAGAAUCCAAUUGAUUUUAUCACCUAGCAAAGAUAAAGAGACUUUUUUUUUGUAAUAAAACUUUAUUAACGAUGGUGAAAUACCGAACCAGUACAAUCUGCAAACAGGAGGGAAGAAAUAGCAGGGGGUGGGGAAGAAAACAAAAGCAAAGAUGAUUGAGUGAUUGCAGAAUAAGAAGCUAGGAAAUCAGCAACGGCGUUGCCCUCGCACAAGGUAUGGAAGAAGAUUACAGAAGAGAGCCUUUGAGAGAUAGCAAGGUAGUCAAUGAUGAUGUUGAAGAUACGGCAAGGACACGACCUGGACCGGCGUUGAAGAAGAUUGACUAUUAGCAGGUUAUUACUUUCCACCACUAAGGAUUGGAAGUUCUGAUCCAAGGCCCAGAGAAGUGCAAAACGCACGACUAACGCCUUUGCCACCACCGUGUGAGCCACUUCGAUUCUCAGCGAAAAACCUCCACGCACAGAAGCGUUAGAGUCUCUGCAAAUACCACCUAUCGUUGCAGGACUAGGGUUUCUUCACUAGCUCCGUCGACAUUAAUUUUCAAGUAAUCCGGGGGAGGAGGCUACCAAGAGACCAAACGAGGAUGAAACGGUUACCAAAUCGUUUCACAAUCCUGUCUUUCACCUGCAUCUCUGUCUUCUUAUCUGGGUUUGUCAUCAACAUUGCUAACAGCCAUGAAAGGCCAGAGAAGACCAACAUCCUUCGAAUACCCACAAGGAAACCCCUCCAGUUCUCGUCAAAUUCUUCAUUCAAGAUUGCCUUAUUCGCUGAUCUUCACUACGGAGAGAACGCCUGGACUGAUUGGGGUCCUCGCCAGGACGCCAAGUCUGAUAGAGUCAUGUCCACCAUACUAGACCAGGAAACACCAGAUUUCGUAGUUUAUCUUGGAGAUUUGAUAACUGCUAACAAUCUACCGAUUCAAAACGCGAGCUUGUAUUGGGAUCGGGCUAUCUCUCCAACCAGAGCAAGAGGGAUUCCGUGGGCAACGAUAUUUGGGAACCACGACGACAUGCCGUUUGAGUGGCCAAUUGAAUGGUUCUCAGCCUCUGGAAUUCCUCAACUUCGUUGCCCAUCUACGAAUUCUACAACUUCAGAAGCAUGCAGCUUCAGAGGAACGAUGCGAGUGGAACUGAUGAAGAAGGAGGUAGAACAAAACUGUUUAUCUUAUUCUGCAAAUGGACCUCAAGAACUUUGGCCUGGUGUAUCAAACUAUUUUCUCCAGGUCUUUUCAUUUGACGAUCCAAGAUCACCCGUGGCUUUCCUAUACUUUCUGGAUUCUGGUGGUGGAACCUACCCAGAAGUCAUAUCAACCGCCCAAGCAAGUUGGUUCCAGAAUAUGUCACAGGAGCUCAACCCUGAGUUGAGCAUCCCUGAGAUUGUCUUUUGGCAUAUUCCAAGUAAGGCUUAUAAGGAGGUUGCUCCCUUUUGGAUACUCAAUCCUUGUAUUGGUUCAAUUAACAAGGAGAGGGUUGAUGCACAAGAAGCUGAAAUGGGGAUCAUGGAUUUGAUUGUAAAUAGACCUACUGUCAAGGCAGUGUUUGUUGGUCACAACCAUGGAUUGGAUUGGUGCUGCCCUUACAAGAAACUUUGGUUGUGCUAUGCUCGCCAUACUGGUUAUGGUGGUUAUGGGAACUGGGCAAGAGGAUCAAGGAUUGUUGAGAUGACUCAACAACCUUUCUCUCUCAAGUCAUGGAUAAGGAUGGAAAAUGGUGAUAAGCAUAGUGAAGUUGUCUUGAGUUCUUGAUGGGUUUCUAUAUGCAUCUUCCACUCAAAUUUGGAGAACAAAUAAAUCACCAGUUUCCCUUUACCCAUGGCACAGGUGAAUUCCUUCAUGAUGGGUGUUAGCACCUUGGGACGGGCAUCAGGAAUAGUGAGGGAUAUUUUUCUGAAGUAAAACCCUAGGAUGAUGGGUGAACCGUCUUCCAUGGGUGAGGAAAACAUUCACAAGUAAAACAGUACCUUCGAAGGAGACAAAAGAUCAGUUAUGUGAAAUUAGGGUUUAUAGAGCUAGCUAUGGGAAGGCUCAAGAGUAUUCUAUAAGAAGUACACUUCUUGCCUAUAAGAGGUACACUUCUUGCAGUAUUAUGCUUCAUAUAUCUGACGGAGGGAUUUGGUUCUAGAAUUUUCAAGGUGCAGGAAGGGGUUCAACACCUGAACAUUAGUAUAUAUAGUACCCUUCAGUAAUAUGUAAGAGGUUGUGAUUCUUUAGAGUGCUUAUGAUUAAAACUGUAUUUUACAAAUUUGAUUCGCAGGAGUAUUUUUUUUCUCUUCUAAA